ACAACAGACUGGAGAAAAAAACCCAUCACACCCGUCCUUUAAGAACGUCUCCAGGUUGGUAAGGAGACGUGUUCGCUGACCUAUGACGAACGUCCUCUCGAGCGUGUCAACCAUUAGCCCCUGAGAGGAGGGUACACUUCGCAUCACACCACAACAGGACUCUAUUUAAGUUGAAGUCAGAUGUGGGCCAAGCAUUUCCCAUCACAGCCAUGGAGCCAUUUGUUGCAGCUUAACCUUCUGCAUGGAAAGUGUGAGGCGGAUUAGAACAUGUCCAAACACGCAUCUCUUCAGAGGAGCAAUGAGGCGGUCCAGGGUCUCGCUAUCACCUCCUCUAAAACAUCUGCGUCCUUUGUCACGAUCAGCGUCACAAUAUGGUUUAUUGUGCUUCAGAUCUGCCAGGGUCAACUGAGAGCACAGCUCGGGACAACCCCCAACAUUAAACACAUUGUGGUGGGAAGGUGUUACACCUACAUCACACUAGUUAACCCCAGCUUAAGUUAUGACUGUGAGGAGAUCUGGAGACAGUUUGAGGAGGCGGUGGUCCAUCAGUCUUCUUGUAAUGUCACAGUGGAGGAUUAUUAUCAGAUGUUUAAUGUGAUGCCACAAAUCAGGCCUUGCAAUAUGUUCCUCUUCUGGAGUAAAACCAGGACACUGAUGCACAGCUAUGCAGCUGUUUUCCGGCACUUCUGGACCCUGGAGGACACACUAGUCGGCUACAUGUUCAAUGACCUCAUCUUUUGUGGCCAGGACGAGGACUCCGGUUUUGAUUUCAACUCUUGCCCGGAGUGGUCGGCAUGUAGAAACCAUCCCGUCUAUUCUCUAUGGAGGCAAGCCUCGCAAAAUUUUGCAGAGAUGGCGUGUGGAAACAUCACUGUAUUACUGAAUGGGUCUAUUGUUAACGCCUUCAAUAGGAAAAGCAUGUUUGGAAGUGUUGAACUGGAAAGCCUCAAUCCUCAGAGGGUGGAUUAUGUCAACAUUAAGGUGGUGACCAACCUAGAUGGACCCCAUAUAGAAUCAUGUAGUCAUGGAUCCAUUGUGGACCUGAUCCAGACCCUCCAGUCCAGAGGUUUCCACUGGACCUGCACAGACAAUGACCAGACCCUGAUGAUCCUUCAGUGCAUGCAGGACCCCAAACACUCAUCCUGCCAGACAUGUGCAAACAGCCUCCUACACAGAAAGAGCCUCACAUCCAACUGAAUCACUGACACGCUCCACAUAGUCUUAUUGUGGUAUUUAUACUAGCUGAAGGUGAAAUUAAGUUCAUGGUAAAUAAGUGAACAGCCAACACUGUGAAUGCUGACAUAUUUAGACACGUCAGAGAUCAGCUGCUGAAAUGAUUUCCUGAAUGAGAGCUUUUGUGUGUUCUUUGCACCAUCGUUGAUCCCAUUUCUUUAGUAGGUUAAGUGUUUGCAGAAAGACUCUUUGAGUGCAGAUGUCUGUCUUCUCAAGGCCAACAGCUACGAGCUUACUGUCGGCAGGAUUGUGGUCAUUUAAUUGAAAAUUUACUUGGGAAAAUGCAACAGUGGAGCAUGAAAAUAGCUGCAUUUUGGCAGGGGCCCUGUCUUGAAGAUUAUUUCAAUAUAGUCCUUAUUAACAGUUUAUGAGCGGCCAGAUUUGUAGGGUUAAAACCCUGAUGAGUGGGGCUCCAAAGCAUAUUAAUAAUAAUCUUAAAAAAUGCAAUGUAACCCCUGAACAUCUUGUGUAAAUAUGAUAUUAUGUAAUAUUUCGGAGUAUUUUUUAAAAAUAAUCUGAUAUGUGUGAUAUUUUUGAAGUUUUUGCUGCAUUUGGACUAUCAAGAUUUAGUUUCAGUGGCAAAUGAUACAAUAUAGUGUGCUCAGUUUUCAUGAAUAUAAAGACUCAGGUUGUUACACACCCAUGCGGAUAUGAAACUUGAGUUGUGUGCUUUGUUUUGUUGUUUCACAACAGGCGGAUCCUGGUGAUAUCAAAGUUUGGAGUUUGAUUUGAACUUGGAACCAUAGCAUACUUAACCCACACUGAUAUCACCAUAAUCAUCAAUUUAUUUAUUUAUGGUGCAAGGUCAUUUCAGUUAGGGACAUCUAUGAUACGCCUGUAUUACUGGAUCGUUAAGUCGUUAUAAAAACGCAUGUGACAAACCUGUUUACUGGAGCGGUUGACCUUUAGUUUGACUCCUGCGUUUCUCAACAUGUUCAAUAGUGACACCUUUUCCAUGACCUUUGAAUUGUAGCCUACAAACAUCCUGCAGCAUGUCUAUUAUUACCCCACUUUCCUGUCGUACACAAAACAUUGUAGACAUGUUUAUUCUUGCAACACACCUGCAUUUUUGUGCACUGCAGCCAUGUAGGAGGUCUCUGUGGCUAAAACUGCAGCUACUGUACAUGAAUGAACAGCAAACAUCUGGUGGAGCUAUUAUGGGUAAAUCUUUGAAAGUUUAGAUCUAACGUUUUUAAAUUGGACUAAAUUCAAUGCAACAACAAAAGAGAAUGUAGCCUAUUUAGUAAUGUAUCAUCUAAAAUUCAUUCAUGUGGUUAAAGGAGGCUAAAAGACGGCAUUAAGACUUUCAUUGAGGAAAUGGAACAGUCAGAAAAUGCAACUAAUUGUACUCAAAAGAGCUUUAUUGCUAUUAAUGAGGUAUUGGGGGGGGUUUUGGCAGUGACAUGAAAGGCACUAUUUAUUUAUUAAUGAAUUGUGUUAUUUAUUAUUGAUUUAUUUAUCUGUUUUUUUUUCUCUGCAGUCAACUUCAUGAUUUGUAAUAUCCUAGAUACAGGUCUGUACUUAACCAGACUAUGACUAGUUUGACAAUAAAACAGUCUUUAUUUUA